CUGGUCGGGGGUUCACCUCACAGGUACGGACUGACGAUUGCCCCUGUCCUGUAACUGUAAGCGGGGGUCAGGCUUACAGGACUACAUCUCCCGGCAUGCCUCGCUCCAUGACUACAACUCCCGGCAUGCUUUGCUGUCAUAGCGGCCUGGCGGUGCGUGCAGGGUUCCUGGACACUGACUGUAACCUUGGGCAGAUCCAUCAUCAGGCGGUGAGAUGGCGAAUCAUCUGAAGUUCGUCGCCCGCACGGUGAUGGUGCAGAACGGAAACGUGGACGCCGCUUAUAAGACGCUGAACAGGAUCCUGACGACAGAAGGAUUAGUUGACGAGGUGAAGCGGAGACGUUAUUACGAGAAGCCAUGUGACCAGAGGAGGAGGAUAAAGUACGAGACCUGUCAGCGGAUCUACAACUCCGAGAUGGCAAGAAAGAUUGCGUUCCUGAGCCGGAAGGCCCGCACGGACCCCUGGCCUGGAUGUUAGAGGGGUGACGACGCUGGGGGCAGCGCUAUGGCGUCACACUCGUCACCACAUCACAUGACCGGCGGCAGGAGAUGCUAUGGGCGGCCUCAGAAUGAUUGAUUCGGUGCAGAUGUAAUGAAUGUGAAUAAUAAACUGUUUUCUCUAUAA